AUGCCCGCGAGCGACGACCUCACGCGCGCGAUCGCGCGAGCGUUAAACGACGCCCAGAUCUCUCUCGCGACGCACAAGCGCGGGGCGAAGACGCUGAGCGUCGUUCGGUCGAGCGACCCCGAACGGUUUUUACCAACGUUUUGUAACGCCGUCUUACCGGUGUUGCUCGAGUACAAGAGAGAGCUGUGCACGGAGCGGGUGGUUCGAUUUAUCGUGAGCUUCUGCGCCUGGCGUGAGCCCGGGUGCGAGGAGGAUGCGGAUGAUUUCAACGAGGCGUUUUUGGGAUUUUUGCUCAACCUGCACACGGCCAAGGACAAGGCGAUUCGGUUUCGGGCGUGUCAGAUCGUCGCGGGCGUGUUGAACGGCUUGGGCGCCGACGCCGAGGUGAGCGAUGAUUUGUACGAGCGCAUGACGGACGUAAUGUUGGAGCGAAUUCGGGAUAAGAUGCCGGCGGUACGAGCGCAGGCGGCGCGCGCGUUGAGUCGUUUGCAAGACGGCGGAGAGUCGCAAGAUUUCUCCCAGGACGAGAUCACGCAGGCAUUCGUGGAGCUCUUGGGGAGUGAGAAGAAUAAAGAGGUGCGCAAGGCCAUCUUGGGCUCGCUCGCAAUCUCGGAUUGCACCGUGCCGUGCGUGAUCGAGCGCACGCGGGACGUCGCUGAGGACGUGCGGCGCAUCGCGUUUCUCGCCCUCACGUCCAAGGUGCCGGUGGAAUCGGUGUCCAUCGCGCAUCGUGCGCUCGUCUUGAAGCGAGGCCUGAACGAUCGCGCCCCGGUCGUGCGAAGUGCGAGCGUUGAGAUGCUCAAGCGAUGGAUCGACGCAUUCGAAGGGGACGUCAUCAAGUUCCUCGCCGCGCUUGACGUGGAGACAAACGAACCCGAAGCCGAGCUCGCGAUGAAGGAGCUUAUCGCCAUCGGGCGCGUGAAGCCCAUGGAGGUGUGCAAGGACGCGGAUUUAGUGGCCAGAGCCCUGAAGCGCGACCUUCAAACGCAAGGACUGAUGAGCCCGGAAGAGGGUUUGUUCUGGCGCGUGGUCUUGACGCACCUCGCUGAGGCAUCCGCGGCCAAGGGCGCGGACUCCGCGCAAGCGGUGGGUCAAGCUCGAGAAAUCGCCGUCGCCGAGGUCGGGGAGAUGAUCGAAGCGAUGGAAGCCGCGAUGCCACCGACGGCGACAGAUUUACUCGCCAUCGUGACGGCGCACGCGACGAGCGAUGAGGGCAAGUUUGUUGCUCGCCAGCUCCUACCGCUUCUCAAGUGUGUGGAUCUGAACGACGGCGCCAUUCGACGAGGAGCGAUCAAUCUCGUCACCGAGCAGCUUCGCAUCGAACCCAUCGUGAGCACUCACGGCUCGUCAUACGCGUGCGGUGGCGACGGGAAGUGGGAGACGUCGCUCGUCGAGUUCGCUAGACUCGUCGCCAACGACUCCACCGAAUUCGCCGGCCUCGUUUUGGACGCCGCAGAUUCUCUGCAAAUGUGCGGCACCGCCGAGUCGCUGACGCAGGCGUUGUACAUUGCCGGUUCCCUACUCGAGCGCACGACCAAGCGUCUGCCCUCUGUUGCCGCCGAAGCGGUCAUGGACUCACUUAUUCGACCCGCAGUGACGCACUCCACGACGGCUGUUCGCCGUGAAUCCAUGCGCGUGCUCGGUCUUCUCGUUGCCUCGCAGGGAGUGAUCAGUCCCGAGGCUGUCGUCAUCUUGCGCACGGCGUUGAGCGCCGACGCGGCUCCCGUGAGAUGCAUGGCGGCGCGAGCGCUUGGUGACGCGGCGCUCAUUCACGGUCCGGCGGCGCUCGACCAACACCGUGUAUUGGCCGAUCCCGACGACGCGGACGCCACCGAGUCUCAAAUCAACGCCAGUCUUCCGCUCGAGCUCGCGCUUAUGAAGUGCCUGGACGAGGAGGGCAAACCCUUCGAAUUCAAGUCCGACGCCUUGGAUCUCGAAGACGUCGACGUCGAAGACGUUGAUGCCACCAAGGCUGCUGCUGCAAUCGAGGCUGAGGAGAGCGUAGGCACUGUCGCCGCGGAAUCGCUCUGCAAGAUCGUCCUCCGUCGUGGCGAAGGCGCUUUCGAGGCCGCCGCCGCGGUCAUCUCGCGUUUGUUAGGGAGCUAUUUUGCCGCCGACGCGCAGCGGAGACCGCGACUGGCGCAGUGCCUCGCCGUGUUCUUCCCGGCUCUCGCGAGCGGGCCCGAGGAUCGACGCCGUUUGCUUGCUGACUGCGCCUUGCCGGCUCUCCGCGCCGCCGCGAAGAUCAAGGGUCUAUCGCGCGUCGCCGCGCUCCUCGUGCAGCUUCUCACAGCUUCUGAGGAACCGACCUCGGGCGGUGCCGAGCUCGCGCUUGCUCUGGCGAACGAAUCCUUGGCACUGAGCACCAAGCAAACGCCAUCCGGGGCGCAGGCGACGCUCGCCAAGGCGUACAUCAAUGGCGUCGCUCGCGUCCUCUCGCUUGUUCCCGUGAAAUCGGCGCGUCUGGAAACGGACGCGGCGGAACAAGUCGAACUGAACGAAACGCUCACCAAGGCUUGGCACGCCGCCGUGCUCGCGGCUGAACGUGUCAAGGAGAAGUCGGCGGCGAAGGAUUUAGCAGCAGCUGCAGAGCGACUUCGCUCGCACUGUCUCGCCGCGCCCAAGGGAACCCCGCAGGCCGAGGACGACGGAAUCGUCGUCCCCACUGAUAGCGACGACUUGUCUACGCAGCUCGACGACGACGUUCGAGCGGCUGUGAUGGAGCAUGCGAUCGAACUCGCGAACGGGAAUGAAGUGCCAUUCGCCGGCUCAAAGGUCAAGCCGGCCAAGGAACCAAAGGCUCCCGCGGUGCCGACGCGUGAAUCGCGAUCGAGAGCGAGCAAAACGGCGGCCACGGAUAAACUCAAAGACGAUGACUUGAAGAAGCCGUUGCCAAAGAUGACGCCCGAGCGAAAACGAUCAUCACGAAGAGGUGCGCUUCAAGAUAUGAACUGA